UAUACGAACGCAUCGCGCAGUGACGUCGUGAAGCGCAAAGCGGACGAAGCAGAGCGGAGUGGAGUGGAGUGGAGUACCGUAUCUCGUCCGUCUCGCCGCGCGGCGCGUAGCGUAGCGAUUCGUGUUGAUUCGUGUUGCACGCAGUAGCGGUGACGCCGGUGACGUCGACUGCACACGCGCGCGCAUGCGGCGGUAGCAGUGGGUAGCAGCCGAAGAAAGAGAACGAGAUUAGAGCGCGAGAAAGUGGGAGAGAAGGAUGAAGCGAAUACGGGGAGGGGAAGGAAUGACACGGGAAGUGUAACGCACGCGGCGGGUAGAAGGAUAGAUAGAAUAUAGACGAGCCGAGCGAGCUGGAGGGAACGUGACGGCGUUAAACGGAAGCGAGAAGAGGCGAGCGGGACGGAACAAGAAAAAUGCGUUUGGAGCGAGGAGGAGAGAGCGAAGGACCGUUGUAGCCGAGUUCGGCCGGCUCGGCCAAUCCGCUCGGCGCGACUCGCGCCUACCGAGAGUACCGGGUACCGGGUUCCAAUCCGUAGGGACCUCAGGCCGCCUCAGGGUGGUUUCAGAAACCGCUCGGCGCCCCGCGCACGUCAUUCGUCGAUUCGCCUCGGCCGGCGGCCGUGCUCGUCGCCUUCGACCAUCAUCCGAUGGAGGUUAGGAACGCCGACGUUCGUCCGCGCCUGGUGAACACUCCCCGGUGAACGAUCCCGGGCGGGCGUGCGCGCUCGCUCGCUCGCGAAGGAACAGUGUUCUCGUGUUCACGUCUGUCAACGUAUAUAGUCUGUAUUCGUGCACGCGUGAACGCGGGUGUAUCCCGGAACGGAUAAAUAAUGUCGAGCAGUGUGUGUCACCCGCCCCUGCCAGCACGAAUGGAAGCGUUCACCACGAGGCUCUGCCUGCGUGCGGUUGAUCAGUAUGAGCGGCUUCUGCAGACCCACUUCAACAAGCCCUCGAGCAAGGAGCAAACGCGAUUGAGCAGUCAUGAUUCGAUGGGCAACAAGGAUCAUCGUCGACAGAAGGAUGGAUCCAGUAGCGGCGGAAGCAGCGGAAGUAGCGGCAGUCCCAGCACUUAUAGCGCCUUCCGUCAAUGGCGACGGAGCACCUCGUUGGGUUCUCAUAGCAACCGAUCCAGCAGUGCCGGCUCCAGAUCAUCUAGCUCGCUCACCAAAUUACCAAACGAUCCGGCCACCAUGCGAAAGUUGGAACAAUUCCCCAUGGUCCUGUCCGACACGACGAUGCCGGACGAGGAUCUCUCUUUGAAAUUCCUCGCCCUGAAUGCUCUAGAUCUGACGGCGCCGGCCAGCGACGUGCUCUUGAAGAACCGACUCAAGUCCUGGUUUCAAUUAUCAGGCCAUCCGGACGGCUUUGCACCUGCCGGGCCUGGCACUGUCUGGAAAAGACGAACAGGCGGCGCUGAAAACACGGAACGCAUCGUUUACGAGACCUUAAGCAAGGAGGAAGCGUUGCGAGAUUGCAUUCCAAGAUAUUACCGGGAAGUUGAGUACAAGGGCGAUACGUUCAUCGAGCUGCAGGAUCUGCUCUUCGGAUUUAACGAUCCGCAUGUGAUGGACAUCAAGAUGGGCACGCGGACCUUUCUCGAAUCCGAGGUGUCCAAGACCACCGCUAGGCCGGAUCUCUAUGAGAAGAUGAUCGCUGUCGAUCCGAACGCGCCGACCCAGUUAGAGCACGAGCAACAUGCCGUGACCAAAUUACGGUACAUGCAGUUUCGCGAGGAGCAGAGCUCAACCUGCAGCCACGGUUUUCGUAUUGAAGCGAUGAAACUACCGGGUGCGCCGCCGAUCACCGAUCUCAAGAAGGUCAAGUCACAUUCGGAGGUGCUCGACAUCAUAAAACAAUUCCUCGGCGAUCGCGAGGACACUUGUCAAAAGCUUCUGACGCGCCUCAGGAAUCUGCGAACCAAAAUUGAGCAAUCAAAGUAUUUUGAGACUCACGAGGUAAUCGGUAGUAGUAUUUUCAUGAUCCACGACAGCGAAAAAGUGGGUAUUUGGCUGAUAGAUUUCGCGAAAACACGGAAGGUACCGGACGGACGAAAGCUCACGCACAGACGUCCUUGGGAAGAAGGCAACCAUGAAGAGGGUUUCUUGUACGGAUUGGAUAACUUAAUUUUUACCAUGGAAGAAGUCCGUCUAUCUCCAUAAAUAUUUGAUGUUCGUGUGACAGAAUUAAAAAAAACUCUUCUACGUUACAAAACAUCGUUUACUCAUAUACAUAUAACGAGUGAAAAAGUAUUCGUAUUCCAUCGUUUAUAAGUGAUUUUUAAAUAAAUGUAAGUGCGCCAGUAUCAUCAAAGCAUUGAACAGUGGAGUAUAUUAUAUAAUGAGUGUGUGUAUAUAUA